GAAAGUGCCUACUAAUUAAUUAUAAACUGAGGAAGCGGAGAUGAAAAGUUGAGUGGGGACGGGUGCUGGGGCUGCUCUGGGUUAGAGGGGCAAGGAAGGCCUGGCUGAACUGACUUAAACUGAACCCUGAAGGAGGAAAAGUAUUUCAGGCAGAAGUAACACUGCAAAAGCCCUGAAGCAAAAGCCACUUUGGGAUGUAUGAGAAAGUUAAGGGAGGCCCAUGGGGCUAGAACAUAAAAAGCAAAAGGGGCAAGAAACGAAGGCCCAAGGUAGCAGAGGGGGCAAGAGCCUGAUUCUGCAGAGCUGCUGGUAAACUGCCUUUGACAUAAUAUUUUGAUGGCCAGGGGCAGCCAGACUCACCAUGUACGUCUUUAAAAGACUAGCUACUCAGGAAAGGUCAAGAGUGGAAGUGGGUUCAGUAAAAAAGCCGUAGUAGUUACCUCAUGAGAGGUGAUGGCAGCCUGGACUAGGAUGGAGAGAAGUGAGCCCUGCGCAGUAUUUCGCGGAUAGUGGAGCUGGACACGAGAGAUUACGGCAGUGAGGCCACAGACCAGCGGCAGGGAGAGCUGAUGAGGUCCGGCCGACCUGAUGUCCAUCCAAGGAGGGAGCCUAGGCCACAAGACUCUGGGAAUUAGGGACCCGUGAGCCGCAGCCGGCUGUAAGGGAGAGUGGAGGGUUGCCACCCUACCCCGAAACACUGCAGGCGGGGGCGGGGCCUAGGCCGCACUGCGCAUGCGCCGUGCUAACCGUUUCCAUGGCUGCAAAGACGCACACUUCCCAACCGCUCUGCAACUGCAGGGUCCCAGACUUGGGCCCCGCUGGAGACCGUGGUCCCCCAGAGUGUCAGCACCCCUACCUCAGAGCCGGCUGUUGCCCGCUGUCAGCUGGACCCCGCCUUCCUGCCCUCUGUAACCUUGGGCCGCCGACAUGGGCGACCUGGAGCUACUGUUGCCCGGGGAGGCUGACGUACUAGUGCGGGGACUGCGCAGCUUCCAGAUCCGCGAGAUGGGCUCCGGAGGAUGGAACCAGCAGCAUGAGAAUCUGGAGAAACUGAACAUGCAGGCCAUCCUUGAUGCCACCGCUAGCCAGGGCGAACCCAUCCAGGAGCUCCUUGUCACCCAUGGGAAGAUCCCCACGCUGGUGGAGGAGCUGAUUGCAGUGGAGAUGUGGAAGCAGAAGGUGUUCCCUGUGCUGUGCAAGCUGGAGGACUUCAAGCCCCAGAAUACUUUUCCCAUAUACAUGGUGAUACACCACGAAGCCUCCAUCAUCAACCUCCUGGAGACAGUGUUCUUCCACAAGGAGGUGUGUGAAUCAGCAGAGGACACUGUCUUGGACCUUGUGGACUACUGCCACCGCAAACUAACUUUGUUGGUGGCCCAUUGUGGCCAUGAUGGCCCCUCAGAGGAAGAGGAGUCCCAGUACAGCACCCCCAUACAGGAACUACAAAAGCAGGCAGAGCUGAUGGAAUUUGAGAUUGCACUGAAGGCCCUCUCAGUGCUGCGCUACAUUACAGACUGUGUGGACAGCCUUUCCCUGAGCACCUUGAGCCGCAUGCUCAGCACCCACAACCUACCCUGUCUCCUGGUGGAAUUGCUGGAGCAUAGUCCCUGGAGCCGGCAGGAAGGAGGCAAGCUGCAGCAAUUUGAGAGUGGCCGUUGGCAGACAGUGCCCCCAUCAGAGCAGCAAAAACUGAGCAAGUUGGAUGGGCAGGUGUGGAUUGCCCUGUACAACCUGCUGCUAAGCCCCGAGGCCCGAGCCCACUAUUGCCUCACCAACUUUGCCAAAGGACAGCUACUCAAGCUUCAGGCAUUCCUCACAGACACGCUGCUGGACCAGAUGCCCAACCUGGCAGACCUGCAGGGUUUCCUAGCCCACCUGGCCCUGGCCGAAGCCCAGCCCCCUAAGAAAGACCUGGUGUUGGAACAGAUCCCAGAAAUCUGGGAGCGGCUAGAGCAAGAGAACAAAGGCAAGUGGCAGGCUAUUGCCAAGCACCAGUUGCAGCAUAUAUUCAGCACCUCAGAGCAGGACCUGAGGCUGCAAGCACAAAGGUGGGCUGAGACCUACAGACUGGAUGUGCUGGAGGCAGUGGCUCCAGAGCGACCCCGCUGUGCUUACUGCAGUGCAGAGGCCUCCAAGCGCUGCUCACGAUGCCAGAAUGAGUGGUACUGCUGCAGGGAGUGCCAAGUCAAGCACUGGGAAAAACAUGGAAAGUCUUGUGUUGUGGCAGCCCAAGGUGACAGAGCCAAGUGAAGGAUGCAGCUGCUGAGGGCCAACCACCAUGCCAUACAAUCCACUAGAGUGUACCCCUGA